AUGUCGAAUAAUCAAAAUCGAUUUUGGGCAGGAUACGAUUCGGAAGACGAUUAUAGCGAUUAUUCGUCUUACUCCGAUUCUUCCGAGGAAGUGGUUCAACGCAAGCCUAUGGAGAAGUCCAAGUAUGUCAUCGAAUCCGAUAGCGAUAGCGAAGAAGAGAAGCGUAUCGUCAAGACUCCUAAGGAGAAAUAUAUGGAUGAGAUGAAGGAAGUGACCAGAAAUAUAAAGAAUCACUUUAGAAUCAAUGACUGGGUCCAGUUGGCAAAUGACUAUGACAAAUUGAAGAGUCAGGUGGAUGACCAUGGUCGUGUUCUGAGUGAGACUGGCUAUCCCGUGAUGUACAUCCGCGAGUUUGUGAAGCUGGACGACGCGAUCAAUAACACUUCGAAGGCGGAUACAAAGAAUUUUUCAAAGAAUGUCGCCAUGGCGUUCAACCGAAUGAAGCAAACCAUCAAGAAGGAGUUGAAGAACGCCGAUUUCGCCCAGCUAGUUGCGGAUUUCCGUGCCAACCCCAUCGAAGAGAGCGAGUCGGAGCCGGAGCCGAGCGAAUCGGAGUCUGGAUCGGAGAGCGAUUCGGUCCGGAUCCGAGUUUGA